CCCUAAAAGCCCUUCCGUUUUGCGUUUUCCGCGGAUUUUUUGCGCGCUUUCCCCCCGCCGUGCCCGGCAGCAUGGGGCUGCCGGCGCUGGAGUUCAGCGAGUGCUGCCUGGACAGUCCGCAGUUCCGGGAGCGGCUGCGCUCCCACGAGGCCGAGCUGGACAAGACCAACAAGUUCAUCAAGGAGCUCAUCAAGGACGGGAAGUCGCUCGUCGCCGCCCUCAAGAACCUGUCGGCCGCCAAGCGCAAGUUCGCGGAUUCCCUCAACGAGUUUAAAUUCCGCUGCAUCGGCGACGCCGAGACCGACGACGAGAUCUGCAUCGCCAAGUCUCUGCAGGAGUUCGCCACGGUGCUGCGGAACCUGGAAGACGAGCGGAUGCGCAUGAUCGAGAACGCCAGCGAGGUGCUGAUCACGCCGCUGGAGAAGUUCCGCAAGGAGCAGAUUGGGGCUGCCAAGGAUGCCAAAAAGAAAUACGACAAGGAGACUGAGAAGUACUGUGGUGUCCUAGAAAAGCACUUGAACUUGUCUUCCAAGAAGAAGGAGUCCCAGCUUCAGGAGGCAGACAGCCAGGUGGACCUGGUUCGGCAGCACUUCUACGAGGUGUCCCUGGAGUACGUCUUCAAGGUGCAGGAGGUCCAGGAGAGGAAGAUGUUUGAGUUUGUGGAACCUCUGCUGGCCUUUCUGCAGGGGCUCUUCACGUUCUACCACCACGGCUACGAGCUCGCCAAGGACUUCAGCGAUUUCAAAACAGAGCUGACAAUCAGCAUCCAGAAUACGAGGAACCGCUUUGAAGGAACGAGGUCAGAGGUGGAAGCUUUGAUGAAGAAGAUGAAGGAGAACCCCCACGAACACAAAAACAUCAGCCCUUACACGAUGGAGGGCUAUCUCUACGUGCAGGAGAAGCGUCACUUUGGGACUUCCUGGGUGAAGCAUUACUGCACCUACCAGAGAGAAUCGAAGCGCAUCACGAUGGUGCCCUUUGACCAGAAGUCAGGAGGAAAGGGGGGGGAGGAUGAAGCUGUCACCCUGAAAUCCUGCACGCGGCGGAAGACAGACUCCAUCGAGAAGCGGUUCUGCUUUGAUGUGGAGGCUGUGGAUCGGCCCGGCGUCAUCACCAUGCAGGCGCUGUCGGAGGAGGACCGCCGGCUGUGGAUGGAGGCCAUGGACGGCAGGGAACCGGUGUACAACUCGAACAAGGACAGCCAGAGCGAAGGCACCGCCCAGCUGGACAGCAUCGGCUUCAGCAUCAUCAAGAGGUGCAUCCACGCUGUGGAAACGAGAGGGAUCAAUGAGCAGGGGCUCUACAGGAUCGUGGGGGUGAACUCCAGAGUCCAAAAGCUGCUGAGUAUUUUAAUGGAUCCCAAGACAGCCACAGAGACAGACACAGAGAUCUGUGCAGAGUGGGAGAUCAAGACCAUUACUAGUGCACUGAAAACGUACCUGAGGAUGCUCCCAGGGCCCCUCAUGAUGUACCAGUUUCAGAGGAGCUUCAUCAAAGCAGCGAAGCUGGAGAAUCAGGAGUCCAGGGUGUCGGAGAUCCACAGCCUCGUCCAUCGGCUCCCGGAGAAAAACAGGCAGAUGCUGCACUUGCUCAUGAACCAUUUGGCAAAAGUUGCAGAUAAUCACAAGCAGAACCUGAUGACUGUUGCUAAUCUGGGUGUGGUGUUUGGGCCGACGCUGCUUCGACCUCAAGAGGAAACAGUGGCUGCCAUUAUGGACAUCAAAUUCCAGAACAUUGUGAUUGAAAUUUUAAUAGAAAACCAUGAGAAGAUAUUUAACACGGUGCCAGAGGCUCCGGCGUCGAACUCGCAGCUGCUGUUAUCCCGCAAGAAGAGCACGGAGUCGAAGCCUCCCUCGUGCAGCGAGCGGCCGCUGACGCUCUUCCACACGCCCCAGCCCAACGAGAAGCAGGAGAACAGAAACAGCAUCAUCAACUCCAGCCUGGAAUCUGUCAUCUCCUCAAAUGUGAACAGCUUCCUCAACUCCAACAGCACUCCCCAGCCCAGCCUGAACUCCAGUGAUCUUGAACUAGAAGUAAUUAAGCCAAACAGGCCGAAUUCCCUCCCUCAGAAUCCAAGCCCAACGUCACCCCUCUCACCGUCCUGGCCCAUGUUCUCUGCGCCAUCAAGUCCUAUGCCCACCUCCUCUACGUCCAGCGACUCAUCCCCCAUCAGCUCCCCGCUGCGCAAGGCCCGCGCGCUCUACGCCUGCAAGGCCGAGCACGACUCGGAGCUCUCCUUCACGGCCGGCACCGUCUUCGACAACGUUCACCCAUCCCAGGAGCCCGGCUGGCUGGAAGGGACCCUCAACGGCAAGACAGGACUGAUCCCCGAGAACUACGUCGAGUUCCUAUAACUGUGGGGUGCACAGUGCCGCUGCUGAGCAUUCCAUGGUAUCCAUGGGGAGUCCUGCAGGCCCCUGUGCCCUUUGCCACUGUGUGACCGGGCUGAGGACAGCCCCGUGCCCGCUGAUGGAUGUUUGUGUGGAUCCGACGUCGCCUCUCCUCCCGCGGCGCCACGGCGCAACGUUCCCGGGCACGUGGAGAGACUCCCCCAGCCCCGAGGUGGGCGUGCUUCAAGCCCACAUCCCAGCCACGGCAAACCAGCCGAGGGACAGCCGAGUGCUCCCAGGGGCCAAGCUGAGGGUUCCCUGCAGGGGACGUUCCCCAGCUGUGCAGGGCGUCGGGGAGCCCAGGGUCCCACCGAGGAGGAGCCCUGUGCUCCCAGAGCCUUCCCUGUGCUUCCCUGAGUGCUCUUGGUGCUGCCAGGGAGCAUCCCGAGUUCUGGGGGCAGCCCUGGGUGUGCCCCCUCUGCAGCGCCGGCUCUUGCGGGCGAGAGCGAGCCCCGGCUGGGCUCUGCAGGGCUCAGCGCUGGCAGGCGCCUGCUCGGUGGAGAGAGGAUGUUUUGGACCAAACCUCUCAAAUUCUCCUGUUUCAUUUCCAGGAUUUUGAUUCCCUGGGGUAACCCUCAGUCUGUGCCAGGGGAGCAGCCCAUGCUGCCUGCCCGCUGCAGCCCCAGACAAACCCCACUCCUGUUGUUUGGCUGUUUGGUACCUCCCCUUCCCAAAUCCCACUGUACAGACACAUCCGUGCUCCUGCAGUGCCCAGGCCGCUGAUGUGCCCUGCUGGGGCUGCCUCUGCCUCUCUCCAGUGUUGUUUUUCAGGCCUCCCCUUGCUUGCAGCCUCCUCCGUGCCAAGUCUGUGCAGUGCUGGUUGUGCCAGGUGAAUUAUUUCCAUCCUUGCGGGGCAUUUGCUGUUGCUGUGGCCAAGGUGGGGCUGUGGAGAGCCAGGGACGAAACCUCGGCUGCACCAGCCCGGCUCCUGCCUCCAUGGACAUGCCUCGAGGGCGAGGGUGCAAACCCCUCAUCAUUCCGGGCCCUUCUGAAGGGCCAGGGUGGGAGAAGAAGCCCUGUUUUACUCCAGAGCCGGGAUUUUGAGAGCUGGAAUCAUAUUUUAUAAAAAGAAAGUCUCAAAAGAAGACCCAGCCCGCGGCGCUGGGGAUGGAUGUCGUGGCUUUUUGUAACAGUUUUAAAGACUCUGAGUGACUGAAUUGCUCUGUGUGUCACUUUUUAUUUUUGAAAGGAUUAAUGUAUAAAUAGAGUAUCUUAAAAUAUUAUGAGGAAAAGAUCUAUAUUUGAUAUUUUUAGAAGAGCUGUAAGGAGAGAAGCAAAGGACAUCUGAAGCUGGUCACCGAGAGGCUCCAAAGCCCCCGACCCCCAGCCUGGAGCUGCUGCUUCCUUCACCCUGUGGUGUCACUUAGAGAGGAGGGAGCUGAAAUUUCAGCCCUCUUCACGUUUUUGUCCACAGUAAUUAAACUUCCUGGGCUUUUGUCUUGGGGAAAAAAAGAGGAAAAAGGCGAUCAUUUUUUUGCUGCUUUCCAGGGUGGGUGGCACAGCCCAUUCCCAUGGGAUCACACCCUCUCUGUAACAGUCUGACCCCUUGGGGAACACUCUGGGCCCUUGACGUGGUUUGGGCAGAGGUGAAGUCCCCAAACUGCCUCGUGGUCUCUGCUCUGAGGUGCUGGACGAAGGGAGCGAGAGGUUUGUAGCGAUAAAAUCUGGUGUUUCCCGAGCACGUUGCUGGUUCAUCUCCAUCCUUGGAUUUCAUAGCCAACUUUAGUGCUAUUUCUUGGCUUUCCUGAAGGCAAGGAUGAGGCCAGGCUUUAUCCAGCCCUGGCAUCAGAUGGGGCUGGGCUGUAUCCAGCCUUGGCUUAGGAUGAGGCCAGGCUUUAUCCAGCCCCGGCUUUGCUCCGUGGCUGUGCUGGGACCGCGGGGCUGUGAGCCCCUCCCUGAGGGUGGGAGAGGAAUGGGGAGAGCUGAUAGAAAGGAUUUUAAAAACCCCUUAAUAUUUCAUCUGUCAGCACUAUUUGUGUUUGUAACUGUCGUGUCCCCUCCUGCCUUCCCGGGAUGCUGCCGGAGCAGAGCGAGUGCUGGGGAUGAAUGGGAAUUGCAAACCUGCCAAGAGCCCUCCAGAAGGCAUUAUCUGGGGACAGGGUAUUUAGGGACCUGCUUAGCAAUGCCGUGUGAGCACCAGCACUGCGCUGCUCCCGCCGUGUCCCUACAAAACCUUUCCGUGCAGGGUCCCCCCUCGGCUCCUUGGACACUCCGGUUACCCUGAGAGCGGAGUAAAUUCCUUUUCAGAGGAACUUGGGAGCUGUUGGAUGUGCUACCUAGAGAGUUUCUGGGAACAAAAGUCCCACGCAGAUGUAUUUACAAGAUGUGUCCUGGAGGAAAGGAAAUCAAACCGAGGCAGAAGUUAUUGCUCUUACAGGAGAGCCAAUGGAGUAGUUUUUUUUAAAUUAAAAUUUUCCAAAAAGAAAAAACUUGUCUGGAACACUUACUAAAUGUUCCCAUUUUGGGCCAGCUUUAAUACUGUAGUAAACAUUGGUUUAUUCCAAGAGAAAUUAAAGAUAGGAAAUAUUUUUUUUUUUAAACCAGCCUGACACAGCAUUUGAUGCUUAAUAUUGAAGUCAUCAGUCAAAAUAAAACAAAAGCUGGGUGGUGAUGCUGCUGGUGGGCAGAGCCUCUCCCACGGCUCCUGGCCGGUCACUGUGGGCGUUAAACAAAAAAAAAGAGAUGGUGCAAGGAUGUCUGUGGGAGCUGACAUCAGAAAGUCUCUUGGUGCAGCCCUGCCGUAUUUCACAUCGAUGACCAAUG